AAUGAACUUUUGGCAACUCCACCUAGCCAAUGAGAUUAACUAGGAGGCAGGGCUCUUCCCCCCGCCGCCCCCUUCCCUUCUGUGUGUGCAAAGACUAGGUUGAGCUCUGGUGUAAGUGGAGCUGCCGCGCGCCGCCACCUCCUCUCUCUCUCUCUCUCUCUCUCUGCCCGUGCUCCGCUGUAGCUGUGCUUCAGCAGGGAGCUCUCGAGACCGCCUGGGAGUGCGAGCUGUGGCAGUAGCAGGGGAGGAAAAACAAAAGCAGACCAAAGGACACACGCACAACCAUGGAUCAUUAUGACUCUCAGCAAACCAAUGACUACAUGCAGCCGGAGGAGGACUGGGACAGGGAUAUGCUUUUGGAUCCAGCCUGGGAAAAACAGCAGAGAAAGACAUUCACAGCAUGGUGUAACUCUCACCUCCGCAAGGCCGGCACGCAGAUUGACAACAUAGAGGAAGAUUUCAGGGAUGGUCUUAAACUCAUGUUACUUCUGGAAGUCAUUUCAGGUGAACGUUUGGCUAAGCCUGAAAGAGGCAAAAUGCGAGUGCACAAAAUCUCCAAUGUGAACAAGGCCCUGGAUUUCAUUGCUAGCAAAGGAGUGAAGCUGGUGUCUAUUGGAGCAGAAGAAAUUGUGGAUGGAAAUGCUAAAAUGACCCUUGGAAUGAUCUGGACCAUCAUCCUUCGCUUUGCUAUUCAGGAUAUCUCUGUGGAAGAGACAUCUGCUAAGGAAGGGCUUUUGUUAUGGUGUCAGAGGAAGACAGCUCCCUACAAAAAUGUGAACAUCCAGAAUUUCCAUAUCAGCUGGAAGGAUGGCCUUGGCUUCUGUGCUUUGAUUCACAGACAUCGCCCAGAGCUCAUCGACUAUGGGAAGCUGCGAAAGGAUGAUCCUCUUACUAACCUAAACACAGCCUUCGACGUGGCUGAGAAGUAUCUGGACAUCCCCAAGAUGUUGGAUGCAGAAGACAUUGUUGGAACUGCCCGCCCUGACGAGAAAGCCAUCAUGACCUAUGUUUCUAGCUUCUACCACGCCUUCUCAGGAGCCCAGAAGGCGGAAACAGCAGCCAAUCGUAUCUGCAAGGUGUUGGCAGUCAAUCAGGAGAAUGAACAGCUCAUGGAAGACUAUGAAAAGCUGGCCAGUGAUUUGCUGGAAUGGAUCCGCCGCACCAUUCCCUGGCUGGAGAAUCGGGCGCCCGAGAACACCAUGCAAGCCAUGCAGCAGAAACUGGAGGACUUCCGGGACUACCGUCGCCUGCACAAGCCCCCCAAGGUCCAGGAGAAGUGCCAACUUGAAAUCAAUUUCAAUACCUUGCAGACCAAGCUGCGGCUCAGCAACAGGCCGGCAUUCAUGCCUUCAGAGGGGAAAAUGGUCUCGGACAUAAACAAUGCAUGGGGAGGCCUAGAACAAGCUGAGAAAGGCUAUGAGGAAUGGCUGUUGAAUGAGAUCCGAAGGCUAGAGAGGCUGGACCACCUGGCUGAGAAGUUCCGGCAGAAAGCUUCCAUUCACGAGUCCUGGACAGAUGGUAAGGAGGCAAUGCUGCAGCAGAAGGAUUAUGAAACUGCUACCCUGUCAGAGAUCAAGGCCCUGCUGAAGAAACAUGAGGCCUUUGAGAGCGACCUAGCUGCUCACCAGGACCGUGUGGAGCAGAUUGCUGCUAUUGCACAAGAACUCAAUGAGCUGGAUUAUUACGACUCACCAAGUGUCAAUGCCAGGUGCCAGAAGAUAUGUGACCAAUGGGACAAUCUGGGUGCUUUAACCCAGAAACGUAGAGAGGCCUUGGAGAGGACAGAGAAGCUGCUGGAGACAAUUGACCAGCUAUACCUGGAAUAUGCAAAACGAGCCGCCCCUUUCAAUAACUGGAUGGAGGGGGCCAUGGAGGAUCUGCAGGACACCUUCAUUGUCCAUACCAUAGAGGAGAUCCAGGGACUGACCACCGCCCAUGAACAGUUCAAGGCCACUUUGCCAGAUGCCGACAAGGAGCGACAGGCCAUCCUGGGGAUCCACAAUGAAGUCUCAAAGAUUGUCCAGACCUACCAUGUCAACAUGGCAGGAACCAAUCCCUACACUACCAUAACGCCACAGGAAAUCAAUGGCAAAUGGGACCACGUGCGGCAGUUAGUUCCCCGAAGGGAUCAAGCCCUGAUGGAAGAGCACACACGCCAGCAACAAAAUGAACGACUCCGCAAGCAGUUUGGUGCACAGGCUAAUGUCAUUGGGCCCUGGAUCCAAACCAAGAUGGAGGAGAUCGGCCGCAUUUCCAUAGAGAUGCAUGGGACCCUGGAGGACCAGCUCAACCACCUGCGGCAGUACGAGAAGAGCAUUAUUAAUUACAAACCAAAGAUUGACCAGCUGGAGGGAGACCACCAGCAGAUUCAGGAGGCACUCAUCUUUGACAACAAGCACACCAACUAUACCAUGGAGCAUAUCCGAGUGGGCUGGGAGCAGUUGCUUACAACAAUUGCUAGAACCAUCAAUGAAGUGGAAAAUCAGAUUCUGACCCGUGAUGCCAAAGGAAUCAGCCAGGAGCAGAUGAAUGAAUUCCGGGCCUCCUUUAACCAUUUUGACAGGGAUCACUCCGGCACACUUGGCCCUGAGGAAUUCAAAGCCUGCCUCAUCAGCUUGGGUUACGAUAUUGGAAACGAUGCACAGAAGAAGACUGGCAUGAUGGAUUCUGAAGAUUUCAGAGCCUGCCUUAUCUCCAUGGGUUACAAUAUGGGAGAAGCAGAGUUUGCCCGCAUCAUGAGCAUUGUAGAUCCUAACCGCUUGGGAGUAGUGACAUUCCAGGCCUUCAUCGACUUCAUGUCCCGGGAAACAGCAGAUACUGAUACUGCCGACCAGGUCAUGGCUUCCUUCAAGAUCCUGGCUGGAGACAAGAACUACAUCACUGUGGAUGAAUUACGACGGGAACUGCCUCCUGAUCAAGCUGAAUAUUGCAUUGCUAGGAUGGCACCAUACAGUGGGUCUGAUGCUGUACCUGGUGCCCUGGACUAUAUGUCCUUCUCCACAGCGCUCUAUGGCGAAAGUGACCUUUAACCUCUUCCUUUCUCCCCACAACAUACUCCCCACCUCCUCUCCCGUCCAGGCGCACUCUUCUUUCUGUAUGCAAAGCAGCCUCUGCUCCGCCUCCUUUUAUUUUGUGUCUCUGUUUUUGCUUCAGAUAACAGAUCAUGUUUAUAAGGGGGGACAUUGAAAUGACUGUCUACCUUGCCCUUGAAAUGACAGUUUACAAAAUUAUUUUCUGCAAAAAAAAAAAAAAAAGUUACAUUUAAAAAUAGACAUAUUUUAUUAUAGAAAAACAGGUAUUUUUCUCCAUCAAAUUAAAACAUAAAGAGAAAAUUUUAAAAUAUUGCACCAAAUGUUUUGUGUUGUGACAUAGGAAAUCGAGCAGUGUUACAUUCCAUUCUUCUUUACAAAAAUUAAAAAGAAAGAGAAAAAAAAAAAAAA